CGUGCCCCGAGGCGGCGGCCGGCUGCCUUCGCUGUCCGACGCUGUGCCUCUAAUCUGUCUUUCAGAUCGUUUGUACUUCGCUACUUUACGAACUAAACCGAAAAGUACCGUAAAUACCCACUACUUCUGUACCGAUGAGGAAUUGGUCUAUGAAAAUUUCUAUGGAGAUUUUGGACCUCUAAAUUUGGCAAUGUUAUACAGAUACUGCUGUAAACUAAAUAAGAAAUUAAAGUAUUUCAGUCUCUCAAGAAAGAAGAUUGUGUACUACACCAGCUUUGACCAGCGGAAGCGAGCGAACGCAGCGUUUUUAAUAGGUUCAUAUGCUGUUAUAUACUUGAAGAAAACACCAGAAGAAGCUUACAGAACACUUUUAUCUGGAUCUAAUCCACCAUAUCUUCCAUUUAGGGACGCUUCGUUUGGGAACUGCACAUACAAUCUUACGAUCUUGGACUGUUUACAGGGAGUAAAUAAGGCCUUGCAGCAUGGAUUUUUUGACUUUAAGACAUUUGAUGUGGAUGAAUAUGAACACUAUGAGCGAGUGGAAAAUGGUGACUUCAACUGGAUUAUUCCAGGAAAAUUUUUGGCUUUUAGUGGACCACACCCGAAAAGCAAACUUGAAAAUGGUUAUCCUCUUCAUGCACCUGAAGCCUACUUUCCUUAUUUCAAGAAGCAUAAUGUCACAUCAAUCAUAAGACUAAACAAAAAGAUUUAUGAGGCAAAACGCUUUACUGAUGCUGGUUUUGAGCAUUAUGAUCUGUUCUUCAUCGAUGGCAGCACACCAAGUGACAGUAUAGUCCAGAGGUUCCUGAACAUCUGUGAAAAUGCUGAUGGUGCCAUUGCUGUACAUUGUAAAGCUGGCCUGGGGAGAACAGGAACUCUGAUUGCCUGUUACAUCAUGAAGCACUACAAGUUCACACAUGCUGAAGCCAUUGCUUGGAUAAGAAUUUGUCGCCCAGGCUCUAUUAUAGGACCCCAGCAACACUUCUUGGAAGAGAAGCAAGCAAUGUUAUGGCGAGAGGGAGAUCUCAUCCGAUCGAAGCAGAUACAGAGAGGAGUUGAUGGAAACAUUAACAGAGUCCUUUGUGGCUUAAAUGACAUUUCCAUCAGUGACAGUCUGAAUAAAGCACAAGACUUGGAUCAGUUCAAGGAGAAUGAUUCUGAAGACAAAGAUGUGGAAGCUCAGAAUGGGAUAACACAGGGAGAUAAGCUGAAUGCCUUAAAAAGUCGUAGGCAGCCUUGUUCUGCUACAACUGGAGCUCUGAGGCUGCAAGACAUGAAACUGAACACCAGGUCAAUAUCACAACACUUCAGACUGAAUACUUCAGGUAGCACAGAAGGAUCCAUAUCUCCUCUGAAGGCCUCCAGAGUGAUGGCAGUCACUUCACCGUCUGCAGAAAGAAUAAGCAGAAUUUCCACGUCCCCAGGCUCUAACCUUAAAAGCGUUUCCAUAAACUCCAGACUAGCCAGUUCUCUAGGGAACCUGUAUGCUGCUUCAGAUGGUGAUGAGAGCAAAAUGACAUCAUCGUCCUCUAGGACAGGUUUUUCUGUAAGCCAUAUCUCCAGUCACCUGAAUGGCAGCUUGCAGCUGCCACACAGAGUAAACCAUGAACUGAACAACAACUUGUACAACAGAAACAGCAGUAGUGGCAACAGCCUGAGCAGCCCAAGCAGUUUUCCCAGCGCCGUGACAGAUGAGUAUGCACCAGCCUUCCUUUAUGGGCCUUACAGCUCCUCCAGCACCAUACCAGAGGCCAUUCCUUCCCUUCAGUCUGGGUAUGUUCAGUACUAAAGCCUUGCUGCUUUGGUGAAACCUGCUGAGCUCUUCAAAAUCAAUGCCCUUCAUGAUGGAGAAGAACUGAAGAAAAGAAGCUGCUCAUUAAAAGGAGGAACCUUCAAUACAAGGAUGUAUUAAUUUCUUAACACCAAGAGGAGACUUCUUAACAGGCAGAAAUUUAUUGUUAAUGACUACUGCAGAUGCACUGAAGUUGAAUUUAUGGAAAUUACUACCCCAUGUUAUAUACAGAUUUAAAUUUUUUAUGUUGAGACAGCUUGAAUAUAUUUCUAAUGAGUUUCAUUAAGACAUUUAUUAACAUGUGUACAGUGUUAAAAUAUGUAUUAAGAGAAUAUUUUGGUAAACUAUAUAUAAAAAUUAUGUAAAAACUAGAAUAUAUUUUAAUUUAGGGUCUACUUUGCUACAAAAAUGUGUAUUUUAAAGAAUUUGUACAUGUUUAUCAAAGAUACAAUUUUUUUUAUGAACAAGAGCUUUUUCUUGUUUUAUGGGUCCAUCAUUAUUGCUUAGAGCCUAAUGUAAUAUAAUUUUUUACUAAUUGGUCUUCUGUUAAUUUGAUGGAAGUCUAACUAGUGAGAGAUUUGUUAUUACAAUAUCAACGAAAAGCACUUGAUACAUAGUCUGCUUUCCAUUUCUGGCUGCUAACAUUUCUUAAGGAAACACAAUGAAAGAAAAAUAAAGGGAAAAUAUUUGUUGAGAUGUGAUGUAAUUACAUGUUCUGCUGCAACAAAGAAGUAAUUUAUGUGAUGACUCAAUUGUACAAUUAACGCUCUUUCAAUUUCUUAAAGGAUUUAUGUUUUGUUUUCAAUGUAGAGCGUUAACUUCUGCUAUGCAAUAUAUGCUGCAAAAAUGAAGGCAGACCAAACUGAAGUUGGUAAAAAUGUACAAUGAAUUAGGUAGCACUGCAUACUUGCAUGCUUUUAACCUACAUUUGGCAGUAUGUGUACAGUUUCCUUAGCAACACACAGUAUAUGUUGGACAUACAUUAAAUUUUUAUCUAUCAGUUGGAUGCUUCAUAAACCUGUACAUUUGUUGUUAAUCACAUGGCUGAGGUAGCCUCCUGUAUCAUGGAAGGUUUUUGUCAUAGUAAAGAUGCUCUUUACUCUGUGGAAUGUACAGGUCAGUCAGAUGUGGUUAGGAAGGAAGCUUAGGAUGAAAUGGUGUUACAGGGAGGUACUAAAGAUCAUGUGUAAAACUUUCAGAACUCACAAGUGCAUGGUAAGGAAAAGAAUAUAAGCAACUGUGAGGGUUUUAUUUGCCCCUCAUGUGCAAGACAAAAACAAGACAGCUUUGUUACCUGUUUGUUUUUUCACUAUCUGCAGAAACUUGAAAAUAAAACUUAGUUCAGUCGUCAGUCUUUGUUCCUGGAGACCUGUGAAUACCCUGCAUUUGCUUUACACAAAAUUGCUAUGGAAAGUUGUACUGAAAGUGUUCAAAAGCAAUACACAGAGCAGCUAUAAAAAUGAAAAUCACUGACUAAAAUUUACAUGCAAUACUGUACAUUUUUGCAACUGUGUAUAUGUAAAAUAUACACACAAAGUAGCAUGUGUGUGUAUAUAUACAAUAUACUGUAUAUGAAUUAUAGAUUAAUAAGGUAAUUCUACCUCUCAUAAAGAAUUUUUUCAUUUACUUUGUUAUAAAUAGUUUUCCUUAAUAAAAUACUGAUUAAUUUUGAAAUGUAGAUAUAUAUAUAUAUAUAUAUGCAGCUAAUUGAUAAUAAAAUGCCUGUAUAAACAA